UUUCUAGGAAUCAUAAAGCAGGCUAAGGCCAAACAAGUUCUUAGAACUGAGGAGUGGCUCAAGGAUAUUGAAAGUAAAUGUGUGUCACUGUAUUAAUACUGUCCUUUAUAGUGGUAGAUAAAGUUUUAAAAUUUGUGUGGGAAAACCUAAACCAAUCUCAUAUAUUUUCAGGAACUACACUAUUUUUAACAGUUUUAUUCUUAUAGUAGACCAUUGUGAGUACACAAUGAUGGAUUGUAAUAGAUGGCAUUACUAGUGUUAAUAUAGUCACAAAAUAAAGGAUACUUUUCUUAUUAAGAAAAACAACCAAGUUAUGUUGUCUAGCUUAUAAGUAGUUGAUCAUCAAUUUGAAGAUUAAGACUUUUUGAAUUUGUAAUUUAAAAUAUGUCAGUCCCUAUUGUUAAUGGGGACAUGCCUAACAAUGUCGAAAAGAUUGAACAAAGAUACCUGCCAAGAUAUCCCAAUAUGUCUCAGUGGGCCAAGGUCCAGCAAAGCCCUGCCAUAUUUCGACAGAUGCAAACUUACUAUCCUCCAUGUUUUCCAAUGGAGGUGAGAUAUUUUCUCUGUCAGUGGAUAGAAGAACAGCAGUGGGAUCAGAUAGAUGAAAAUAAUCCUAGUUUUGUUCCUAUUGCUGAGAAAAUUUUGAUGGAAAUGUUGGAUCUGCUUAGACAAAAGGCUGAAGAAUUGACCAGCCAAGAAUUUUUUAUAAUAAGAAUAAAACUUGAAGAGUCUGUUCAGAGAAUCGACGUUGCAUUGAAAAGAAACCCACUGGAACUGGUUCAGAUAAUUAAAAAUUGCUUAUCAAUGGAGCAGAGAGUUAUUGAACAAGCAGAGCAAUCAUCUAAGCAGCCACAGAAAAUGGAAGAAUUCAUGGACGAUCAACAGAAUAUUAGUGAAAAAAUAAUGACAGAGAUACAGAGCCUGACUCAAAGAACAAAGAUCACAGAAGCUGAUUCAAAAAAUUUACAACACAAGCAAGAAUCAUUUAUUAUUCGCUUCAGUGACUGUCAAAAAGUAACAGGUCAACUUCAGCAAAUAGCCCAACUACCUAACACAAAAGAAAAAAUAGCUAAGGAAAUACAGUUGAGGACUCAGAAGGAUCAAAUUGACAAUCAGCUUAGUGGAUUAGCACAAGAACUUCUGCAUCUUAGAAUGGAAUUGUCCAGAAAAUAUGAGCAAACAAUACACAGUCUUCAAGAACUUCAGAAAGAAAUUCUUGAUAAUGAAUUAAUUUCAUGGAAAAGGCGCCAGCAGCUAGCAGGCAAUGGUCUUUUGAUGGACAAUUCUAGCAUAGAGACUUUGCAACAAUGGUGUGAAUCUCUUGCGGAUCUGAUUUGGCAAAACAGACAACAAAUAAAGAAAUCCACACAACUACAGCAACAGUUGCCCAUUAAGUUUCCAGACGGAGAAGAGGAUAUACUGCCUCGUCUAAAUGACACAAUAACUGGGUUACUGUCUUCUCUGGUGACUAGUACAUUUAUUGUUGAGCACCAGCCACCCCAGGUGUUGAAGAAAGAUGCUAGAUUUGGUGCUGUGGUGCGUUUAUUGGUUGGAGGGAAGCUCAAUGUUCACAUGAAUCCUCCGCAAGUUAAAGCCACAAUUAUCAGUGAAAGUCAAGCCAAAGACUUGUUACGCAAUGAUGUGAAAGCAAAAAGUGAUACAAGUGGUGACAUCUUGAACAACACUGGCAUCAUGGAGUAUCAACCUAGCAAUGGCCAGCUCAGCAUCAGCUUUAGAAAUAUGCAAUUGAAAAAAAUAAAAAGAGCUGAUAAAAAAGGAUCUGAGGCAGUGACAGAGGAGAAAUUCUGCAUCCUAUUCCAGUCAGAGUUCAGUGUUGGUGGAAAUGAAUUAGUCUUUCAAGUUUGGACCUUGUCUCUACCUGUUGUUGUAACAGUCCAUGGCAACCAGGAGUGUAAUGCUACAGCCACCGUGUUAUGGGAUAAUGCAUUUGCUGAACCUGGUCGGGUGCCAUUUACUGUACCAGAUCAAGUUGAAUGGCGAUUACUUGCAGAUCAGCUAAACAUGAAGUUUAUGUCCCACACUGGCAAGGGUCUGAGUGAAACAAAUCUUUCUUACAUAGCCUCUAAACUGUUUAAUAAUAAAGAUCCUAAUUCCUCUUUUGUAACUUGGGCUCAGUUUAAUAAGGAUACAUUACCUGGUAGAUCAUUUACAUUUUGGGAAUGGUUUUAUGCUAUUCAAAAACUGACAAAAGAACACUUAAAGGAUUUGUGGACAGAUGAGGCAAUCAUUGGGUUUGUCAGCAAGAACCAGGCCCAAGACUGGCUUAGCAACAAACAAAGUGGUACAUUCCUUUUACGCUUCAGUGAUUCUGAAAUUGGUGGUAUAACCAUAGCUUGGACAGGGGAGAGGUCAGAGGUCUGGAAUCUGGCCCCAUUUACUACAAAAGACUUUAAUAUUCGGGGUCUUGCUGAUCGGGUUAAAGAUUUAAAUAGUCUCGUCACCCUUUUUCCAAAUAAACCCAAGGACUCUGUCUUCUCUAAGUAUUACACAACCACUGCAGAGAAUGUUAAUAAUGAUGGCUAUAUCAGGCCUCAUCUUAAAACAACGAUUCCUGAUCAAUAUAACUCUGGUGAUCCUGACAUGAGACAACCUUUCUCACCUGAGGCUGAAUAUGAAUCAAAUGCAAACUCAGUGCUCAGUUCGGAUGAAUUAGAUGAUGGAGCCCAAAUGUAUGCCAUAAACCUCCAGCAGCUGACUGAUUACAUGCCUGAUGAUAUUGUAGAAACAGAUGUCCAGCAAUUACUGGAAAGUCAACAGUUUAAUUUUUAACUCUCAUGAGUUGGGACUUUCUAAUCUUCAGAGUCAGAAGUUAUCCUUCUCAUUUUCAGGUUUAACAUACUUUGUGCAACUGGUAUGGAGCUAUGCAACACAGUUUGCCAUUAAUGAUUUUAAUUUAUUAUUGCCAUACACAUGUGUUUCAGCCUGUACUGCACAUAAUUUUUAACCAUCAUUAAUGGGCAGUUUUAAAUUGUGUGAUGACUUGUGAACUCUUUAAGCCAACGUGUUAAAAAGCUGUACAUAAUUUUUUUUCCAUUUGAUUGUUGAUGGUUAGAUUUCCAUAAUGUACGAUGAGGGCAGUAUUAUUUUUUGUACAAAGAAAGAAAGGCUCUCUGGCUGUAAACGUUCUAUUUUUCACUUAGCUCUGUCAGAAAUGUAAAAAAACUUCACUGAAAAACAUUAGUAUAAACAAGUGUAAUUCAAAACAACACAGUAAUUUUAAUGUAUGUGGCUACAAAUAAAAAGGGCACACUUUUAAAUUUAAAACAAGCAGUAUUAUUUUUACGGACUUUAUAUUUAGCUUUAUUAAUCCACAAUCUGUGUUAUCAUCCAUUCUUUAGUAUAGAGUAAUAGCCAUUGCUCAUGUCUCAUUGGGCUUUCUAUAGGUAGUUCAGGGACAUUGACUUUUUGUAGGUAAUCCAUCCUGCAAACAUGUAUGUCUUAACUUAAAUUUACCUUUUAGUUUUGUAAAUUCCAGCUAUUUAAAAAUGU